GCAUGAUGGAUAAUACUAAAUCCAAAAUCUUUGCUUAAUUAAUUAAAAAUUAAUGAGUACGCACGCCCAAUCUAAAAAUUCUCAUAUAUAUGUUACAUGAAAUCCAUCAGAAAAUUAACAUAAUCAAAAAUUAUAAACCAAAAACAAAACAAAGAAAAACUAAAGAAAAUGGAAAGGCCAUCGUGUUCUUCUACUUUGAAAAAUGUAUGUGAAGACAACAAAACAUCUUUGUGGAAGAUAAGGAAGAUCAUAACAGAGAAAAGUGAUGGUUGGUUGGACUUUGAUAAUAACAACGAUAUUGAGAAUCAUAUUUUGAGAAGUUUGGGCGAACCCAUUGGUAGAGUGAAAAAAGAUCCUAUAGAGAUCAAGAUCGACGAUUACGAUACAGGGAGCCAGUACGAGGUAACCUUAGGGUACAAUCAUAAAUCUGAUAUAUAUUACAUUGGAGCAUUAUGGAGAUUGAAGGAGCUUGCUGUUGGAGAUGAAAUAGGAUUGUUUUACGAUCCUAUUUCAAAGAACUUGUGUUUCUCUGUGUUGAAACAAGCAAAACCCUGCUCUAUCAAAAAAAAGAAACAAGCAAAACCCUGAUGAUCACAACUUGUUUAAUAAGGGCUAAUUAUAUAGCAUAUUGUUUGAAGUUAAGGACAUAAAAAUAUGUAUGGACGAUAAUAAUGCAUAUCAUUUCUAUGUAUAAAUAAAUAUACGUACGACAAUACAUCUUAGUUUUUGCAUUUCACAUUUUCCCCCUCUUAACAGCUUGUUUCUCACAAUUAGAUCGACCGACGACAUAACAUUUAUUACAUACACCAAAAAUAAUGUAAAUCAUUAAUACAUUUAUCCAUAGUGUUAUAU